AUGGAUGUCUACACAUCCACUUUAUCGCCAGCGCUGGACAUCGGUGCCGGAUGCUAUUUGCUGCUUAUAGCUGUUCUCUCCAUCACUGGAAACCUUCUGGUCAUCAUCAUGGCGGUUAAGAGGUCGUCGAGGAUGAAACCACCAGAGCUACUUAGCGUGAAUCUGGCUGUAACUGAUCUAGGAGCAGCUAUCUCCAUGUACCCUCUGGCUGUGGCCUCAGCGUGGAGCCAUCACUGGCUCGGGGGAGAUGCUACAUGCACGUAUUAUGGCAUGGUGGGGUUCUUCUUCGGCGUCGCCAGCAUCAUGAACCUGACCAUCUUGGCCAUCGUGCGCUUCGUUGUGUCCCUCAACUUGCAGUCUCCCAGAGAGAAAAUCAGUUGGAAGACAGUGAAGAUGCUGUGUGUGUGGAUCUGGCUGUAUGCUCUCAUCUGGGCCAUGUUUCCCAUUCUGGGCUGGGGGCGCUAUGGCCCGGAGCCCUUUGGCCUGUCCUGCUCUCUCGCCUGGGGACAAAUGAAAACAGAGGGCUUCUCUUUUGUUAUCUCCAUGUUCUCCUUGAACCUUGUCACCCCUUCCAUCGUCAUCAUCUUCUGCUACUUCGGCAUUGCCAUCAACCUCUUUUUCACCUAUAAAAAGUCAGUGAACAACAGCAAGCGAAUCCCCAACAUUGUCAAGCUCCAUCGAAGACUCUUAGUAAUUGCUGUUCUGGUCAGUAUAGGCUUCAUUGGCUGCUGGGCGCCCUAUGGCCUUGUAAGCCUGUGGUCUAUUUUCCAUGACAGCAGCACUAUCCCCCCUGAAGUCAGUCUCCUGCCGUGCAUGUUUGCAAAGAGCUCCACUGUAUACAAUCCUCUCAUCUAUUACCUGUUCAGCCAGAGCUUCAAAAGGGAGGUGAAGAGUAUGCGCUGGUAUUGUCUUGGAUCCAAAAUGUGUCGGGUCUCAGACAGUAUCAAUGACAACAGCAUCUACAUGGUUAGUAUGGACAUGAAGCACAAAACAGAAGUGACAACUCUGCAGAGAUCACAGAGUCACAGUCAGUGA